AUGGGAGGAGGCAACGCGCAAAAGUCCGCCAAGGCGAGGCAGAUGAAGCAGGAGAAGAUGAAGACCGCGUCGAAGGGGAGCCAGCUCGCGGACAACGCGAAGGCGAUGAACAUCCAGUGCAAGGUGUGCCUCCAGACGUUCGUCUCCACGACCGCGUCGGUGAAGCUCAAGGAGCACGCGGACAACAAGCAUCCGAAGAAUCCCUACGAGCAGUGCUUCCCGAACAACCCGCUGUGA